AUGGAGCAGCAAUAUAAGAAGUUCCUCGAAAUCUUUAAAAAGCUCUACAUCAAUAUCCUGUUCGUCGAUGUACUACUCCAGAUGCCUAGCUAUGCCAAUUUUCUAAAGGAUAUCUUAACAAAUAAAUGUAAGCUAGAGGAACAUGAAACGAUGAUGAAACUGGGAUUGGGAGAGCCUAAAGCAACUACAGUAACUCUACAGUUGGCUGAUCGAUUAUUUACACAUCCACGAGGGAUUAUCGAAGAUGUAUUGGUCAAAGUUGAUAAACUUAUAUUCCCAGCGGACUUCUUAAUUCUGGACAUGGAAGAAGACAAGGACAUGCCUAUCAUAUUGGGGCAACCAUUUUUGGUAACUGCAAGAGCUCUCAUAGAUGUGCAACAAGGACAAUUGACUCUAAGACUGGGAAGGAGCAAGUCUCUUUUAAUGUUUUCAAGGCAAUGA